AACAACACAGUUGCAAUUACGAAUUUACAAAAUAAAGAGUGUAACAAGGGAAAACUGAAAAAAUUUCUUACGACUUUCCUUUCAAUAACAAAAUUAAGUGGAAAAAAUUUAAUAUUUUUAAUAAAAACCCAUAACAAUCAUUGAAGAAAAUGUUAAAUUACUAGUGCAGCAAGAAUUCCAUACAAAAAGACAAUAAUUUACGGGGAAAAAUAGAGAACGAAAAAACAGAAUCAUCAAAUUUUUAUUUUUUACAUAUACAACAGCAAGACGCAGUCAGUCUACCACCAACAAAAUCUUGUGUGUGAGCGACGCAGUAGUAUUGACGAAUAUUCUUCGCCCACAAUAACAAAAGAGCCCCCCUUUUGGUUACAAUAAAAGUUUGAACAAAAAAAAAAAACGAAUCUUGAUAACAAUAUUUAUAAAAAAAAUCAUACGAAAUAAUCACAAAAAGCCUUAUAAAUUAAAAGAAAUAAAUAAGAAAAUUAAUUAAAAUCGCAUCCUACAAAAAGCCAUGAGCAGUAGCGCUGAUGGAUCUUCUAUACGCUUUAGCGACCAUACACUGGACAAGGCCACCAAGGCCAAGGUAACAUUAGAAAAUUACUACAGUAAUUUAGUCACCCAAUAUGGUGAGCGUAAACAACGUUUAGCCAAACUCGAGGCUCAACUCAAAGACGAAAGUCUGACAGAGACGCAGCGUCAGGAGAAACGUCUGCAGCAUGCCCAAAAGGAAACAGAAUUUUUACGCUUGAAACGUUUACGUUUGGGUGUCGAAGACUUUGAAGCACUCAAGGUAAUUGGUCGCGGUGCCUUCGGCGAAGUGCGUUUAGUACAAAAGAAGGACACUGGUCAUGUGUAUGCCAUGAAGGUUUUGCGUAAGGCCGAUAUGUUGGAGAAAGAACAAGUGGCUCAUGUGCGAGCUGAACGUGAUGUUUUGGUCGAAGCUGAUCAUCAGUGGGUAGUGAAAAUGUACUACAGUUUUCAGGAUCCCUCAAAUUUAUAUUUAAUUAUGGAAUUCUUGCCCGGCGGUGAUAUGAUGACAUUGUUAAUGAAAAAAGAUACACUUUCAGAGGAAUGUACACAAUUUUAUAUUGUAGAAACAGCAUUGGCUAUAGACUCAAUACAUAAAUUAGGUUUCAUACAUAGAGAUAUAAAGCCCGACAACUUAUUAUUGGAUGCACGUGGACAUCUAAAGCUCUCUGAUUUUGGUUUAUGUACCGGCUUAAAAAAAUCACAUCGUACUGAUUUUUAUAGAGAUUUAUCACAAGCAAAACCAUCUGAUUUUAUAGGAACAUGUGCAAGCCCCAUGGACUCAAAACGACGUGCCGAAUCGUGGAAACGCAACCGACGAGCCUUGGCCUACAGUACCGUCGGCACACCCGAUUACAUUGCCCCCGAAGUAUUUCUGCAGACCGGUUAUGGUCCCGCCUGCGAUUGGUGGUCAUUGGGCGUUAUAAUGUAUGAAAUGUUAAUGGGCUAUCCACCCUUUUGCUCAGAUAAUCCCCAGGAUACGUAUCGUAAAGUGAUGAAUUGGCGCGAAACAUUAAUAUUCCCUCCCGAAAUACCCAUAUCAGAAGAAGCUAAAGAAACAAUUAUUAAGUUUUGCUGUGAGGCCGAUCGUCGAUUAGGUUCGCAAAGAGGUUUGGAGGAUUUGAAGUCGGUACCAUUUUUCCGCGGUGUCGAUUGGGAGCAUAUACGUGAGAGACCAGCAGCUAUACCCGUUGAAGUGCGUUCAAUUGAUGACACGUCCAACUUUGAUGAAUUCCCCGAUGUUUCAUUAGAAAUACCUUCUGCUCCUAUGCCUCAGGGCAGUGAGAUAGCUAAAGAUUGGGUCUUCAUCAAUUACACCUUCAAACGUUUCGAAGUAAGAAAUUUAGAGUGAGGCUGAGCUAUCAUUCGUUUUUAAAAACAAAAUCAUUGUUUACAUUUAAUUUCUAUAUGUAUUUUCAUUUCUAAGUUGAACUUAACGCCGUAACAAAACAAAAAAUAAAACAAAACAUGCAAAAAAAAUACCUACAAAAUAUAAAAAAAACAACACUUACAUAUUCAUGCCACAAAAUGCAAAACAAAAACAAAAAAAAAAAAAACGAAGAAAUAAUCAUGAACAAAUUAUACUAAAACAAAAAUAAUUAUUGAAUUGAAUAGAAAAAUGAUCGAAAACUUUCAACUGGUUUAUAAGUUUCUAGAUCUUUUAAACACAAAAACAAAUAAUUAAAAUAAAAUAAUAAAAACAAAUAUCACUAACAACAAAACACAAAUAAAAAUAAAAAACUUUCAACUAAAGCUUAAGUACAAUAAUUUUAUUGUAUUACAAUUACAAUACAUUUUUUGUUUUGUUAUAAUAAUUGAAAAGAAAGAAAAAAACAACAACUUAAGAAAUAAAUAGGUAACUUUUUAUGGCAAUUUAUGUUUUGGAAAAUUUAGUAUUAAAAAUAAUUAACAAAAGCAGAAAAUAAUCAUCAAAAAUCAAAAUUGCUUUUUAAUUUAAAUAAGAUUUUUUUUUGGUUAAUUGUUUUUGUUUAAGCCGUAAUCUUCUUUACAAUGUUUAUGAUAUAUAUUUAAUAUAAUUUUUAAUUUAAUUAAAAUUAUUAUACAUAGUAGUUCAAAUAAAAUGAAAAAAUUUCCUAAUAAUUGUGAUUUAACAAACUCCUCCUACAGCUGCUCCCUGGUCUCUUAUACAAAAUCUCUUUGUUAUUUAACACAAAAUAAAUUUAAUUUGUUUGCUUUUAGGCUUUUAAGCUUUAAUAUAUUCUUUAUUAAAACAAAUUUGUUAACCCGAUUUUGCCAACAUGAUUUACUAAUUUAGUUUUAUUAAAAACAAAUGAAUAACUUUAAAAUCUUUUAGUUUAUUUAAACACCAAAAAUAUCAUUCUCUAACAAAAAGCCCACGUUUUGAAACUGAAUAUAUCACUCUCACACUCUUUAAAAUGUCUAAUACUCACACUUGUCUCUCUCCCCCUACCUUUCACACACAAUCUCACCUCACCACAGCUUAAUUUUCUUUUAAACCUAAAAACUCUUUCUCAAUUAAUUUAUAAAUUUCUGAGAAAUUAAAAAAAAAAAUCGUAAAAAUUAUAUAUUCUAACGAAAUUUAAUUAAACAAUUAAGUAAAUAUUUAAUAUACACUUAAAUAAAUUGACUUAAUACUAAAAUAAAAAUAAAUAAUACAUAAUAAUAAUAACAACAACCACAAUAAUACUAUAUAAUAAAAUUAAACUUGUUCUUUUUAUUUAAAGACACUUGCAUUAGUUUUUUUUUUUGGUUUAAUUUAUAUAUUUAAUUUCGUUUAAAUGUCUAUUUUAUCUUAAAUACUCGUUGCUUUUUGUUUGUCUUUAAAUAAAACAAGUUUGUGUAUUACAAUUAUCUUAAAUUAAAUUAUAAUAAAAAAAUAAGAGUUUUAAAGGAAAUAAAUGAAAAAACAAUUAUAAAGAAGAAUCAUAUUUUUGGUAAUCAAUAGGAAUACUAAAAGAAAAAUAAAUUUUAAGUAAAAUAAAAGAAAAAAUCAACAAAAAAAAACGCAAUAAAUGGAAGUGUGCAUAAAAAAAUUCAAAUUAAA